UUUGCUGCUGAAAACAUCUCUUAGGUCAAGGGAGUAACCCAUCUCCAAACAGCAUUUCAGCAUGUCUGCUAACAAGGAACUGGUUCCAAAGAUGUCAUCUACUUCAAAGCAAGAGAAGAGAAAAGCAAAAGAUGCCUCUUCCUUAACUCCCAUCAGGGAAAAUAAAGAACUUCCUGAGUUAAGAAGGAAGCCAAAUGCGAUGGACAGUUGGAAACACCCUCCCUUACGGAAUGAUUUCAUCCCAGAAGAGAUCUUUGUUGCUCUCACCUCUGCAGCCAACCCUGUCCCCUGCCCCUCAUAUCUCAGGCCUCCCACAAAAGCCAAAUAUACAAAAGACUUUCAGGGCUGCAUUCGUACUGCUGAUGGGGUCUGGCAGCAUCCUGUUCGCCGAAACAGGUUUCGCUACUUGAUACAGCAUCCCAUCUGCCUGACGGGAGCAGGAAGGGAUGUCUCUUUUCUGUAUGAUGUCAUUGCUGAAAAAGAGAGGAGGACUCCUCCCCCAACGCCUGUGCCAGAUAAGUCUGUAUCCCAGAGGAGUGGCAAGGAGGAAGCAGAUGUAGCCAAACCAGCAACAGACAUAGCAGAGAGUCUUGUUCCAGAGGAAUUUCACAUUGUAAAGAACAGAGGCGUCAUAGGCUUGGAGUAUUAUGAUGAUAAAUAUACAACUCUACUCGAAGACCAUGAAAACAGGCUACGGGUCUUUCCAUCCCUGAAGCCAUCUGGGAGGCUGGAAGUUAUCCAGCUGCUGAAGGUCAUGGACAUGAUGCUGGAAAAGGCUGGUGUAGAUAACGAGGAAACUGGGAUAUCAGGGCUUUCUCAGAUGCACAAUGCCCUAGAAGUGCUGAAGAUGGAGCAGAACAUCUACAACAUUGUGUUUCAUGAGGUCAUCCGACAGGUCAGCGUGGACUGUAUGGAACGAGGAGAACUGCUUUCCAAGCUCAGACAAAGAUACGUUGACCUGCUAGACCGGAUUCCCAGGCAAAUGGAUAAUCUCUGCAAAGAAAUGGUGGCCCAGAGGGUAUUGGACAAGCAUAUCAUGGAUGAGUUAUUCCGAUUCAAGGAAGCCGUGGGGAAGCUGACAAGGGAACUGCAGAUGGUCCGAGAACAUGACUGCAGAGCAACCAUCGAUGCAGAAAGGACCCAUAAGGAGCUCGCCAAGGCAAUAUGGGAGUCUGAGUUGAAUGCAAACCUUUUGGAUGAAUACCGUGAACUGUAUGAAUUGCAGAGAGCAAGACUUGAGGCCCAGAUUCAGCAGUUAACUGAAGAGAAAGAACUCUGGAGCAGUGCUACAUAUGACCUUGCCCUCAAGGUGAUGCAAAGGAACAAGGUGAUCUUGGCUCGCAGGCUGUAUGCCAGUGAAAAGGCUUGGACCAAUGUCAUGAGGCACUUCACAUUACUUUUGGCAUCAGAGGAUGCCGCAGAUCUUUCCACUCUGCAGCAGCUGACGCAGGACUACCGAGAGCUCUUGUACCGAAUUGACACAGAGGUGAAGCAAGCUGAAGAAUCUAGCAGGGACCAAUUUAACAUCAUUCAGAAUGGCCUGAAUGGAUGGCUCAGUUACUUCCGGGAUCACGUCCUUGGAAAAGGAGCUUACACUACUGCAAAAGGAGCUGCUUUGUUGGAUGAAAUCAUGGUGGACCUCAAAGCAUGGGAGAAGAUAUUGAAUAAGCAGUUGGACCUGUAUGGGGGGGAUGUGCACCUGGAAAGGAAGGAGCCCCUGGCGGCAGCUGAAAAGCUUCAGAGGCAGUGGAUGGAGCUGGGAAAUGGCAUCCUCAGCCGCCACAAGACUCUCGAAGGCAAGAUGCCUCCCGAGUCGAAGCUGCUGGAGGAUGUCAACAAGAGCUGCACAAACCUCUGCCGCCAGUAUGCUGUUAGGAUCGGUGGAGAAAACGGGGUCUCGAGGAUUUUAACAAGCCUGACCAAUAGUUUGGAAGACUGGACAUUCAGAAUGUUAGCCAGCAAGCAAAAGUCUGGGAUGCUUGAAAAUGACUGGGUGAAAUUUUUCCAAAGUGUUAGUGAUUGGCUGAUUCAGAUGGCUGAUCUGUCAAAGUUCAUUGGUUCCGGUGAAACUCCAGAGGACCGAAGGCUUAGAAUAAUAGUCACCCCAAUAAGACCAGAGGAUUUAUUCAAGAAGAUUCAGCUGUGGAUCCUGACCACCAGUAGUGGUGCUGAGAAAGGAAAUAUCCAACUUACCCAGGAAAUGACUGAGUUCCACAACAUCCUGAGCAAGUGGAUGGUGAACCUGCUGCUCCUCAUGGUGCCAGACCAUAUCUCUCACGAGAGUCUUCCCUUGACCCACUCACAAGUAGCGAGGGAGGCAGAGCGGAAGCUGCUGGACGUUUUCAGGCUGGAAGGAGAAGCCGCGAGCCUGGCUGCCAAGCUGAGCAAGUUCUCCAUUUAUGUAGUCAGCUGCUGCAAAGACAUGGUUGCGUCGAUAACGCGCAAGAAAUUCGCUAAUUAUGACCCAGAUGCAGAAUGUGAAUGGAGACAGUUGGAUAGGAUCAAGACAGAAUGCCUCGACUGGAUCCAGACUUGCACUAUUCUCCUCUCUGGAAUGAAGACGGUGCCCACCACUUUAAUCAGCACAGAGGAGCUUGUCAGCCUGUUUGGGGAAGAGGCCCUUCAGCCAAAACCCCAACUGUCACCUCACCCAGAGGAGGAAAGGGACACCUCUCCUGAGGAAGCAGAAGAAGCUCCAGAGGAGCAGAAGAAAGAUGAAGUUGAAGAAUCGGGCAGUAAGGAGCCAGUGACUGAGAAAGACAUGCAGGAAACACUUCAGAAAAUUCCCACAUUGACUGCGAAGGAGUCAGUGACUGAGAAGGAAGUGCUGGAAACACAGCAACAACCACCUGUGCCCAGCACAAGCACCGAUCAGGAAGCUGUGAGUGCUGAGGGUGCACAACUACUCAGAUUCAUUGGACCUGAUUCUAACGUGCACACAAGGACAAUUGAGACUGAACAAGUCACAGUCUCAGGGAGGGAGCUGUAUGCCAGCCAGUGGACCACAAAAUACUCAGGGAAGGAAUUUCAGAUGCUAGCUUCACUGGAAAUUCUGGAAGAGCGGCUCCUGGAGGCCGAAAAGCGGGCCCAGCUGGCUGAGGAAAAAUCAGAAAACCUUCAUGAGCAACUGGAAGCAGCUCUGUCAAAACUCCAGGACUUGGGGGAAUUAGAGGAUGGGGAAGCAAAAGAGGAAGCUACCCCAGAAACAGAAUCAAAGGCUAAAUCAGCCUAUUGCUCCACUGCGCCGUACGCUCCGCGCACCAGCUCCAGUGCUCUAACCACACUCAGAGCCUGCAUCGCGGUGGGGAUCAUGGCUGUCGCUCCAGGACACCAGCUACCAGAGUUCAACCCAACCAGGCCGGACCUGUGGGAGUCAUGGGUGGACCGGCUCAUGUAUUACAUCCAGCUGCACAAGAUGGAGGAAGCAGAUGACCAGAAGGCGCUCGUGCUGAGUUCGUGCGGGGUAGAGACUCUGCAACUGAUAAAGCACCUCACUGCGCCGACCACACUCGCGGCCACCACCUACAAGGGCCUGAUCGAGGCAGUGACCAACCACUUGUCGCCACAGCCGACCCACCUCGCACGCUGGCACACAUUCUACGCUAGACAGCAGCGACAGGCUGAGUCUGCAGUGGACUACCUCUCCGAACUCCGAGGUCUCACCCUGCACUGUGACUUCAUGGGGGACCUGGAAGAGAUCUUGCUCAACCAAUUUGUGGUGGGCGUCCGGGAGGAGAAGCUACUCUGGAAGCUGCUUGCCACCAACCACAUCACCCUCACGCUAGCACUCCCAACAGGUGACUGCCUUUGA